AUGCGCCAAGAUAGUUUAUUCAUUGGGAGCCUAACGUUUUGGUCAAAUGAUCGCUCUCAGGCCACUAAUCAGCAAACCAUUCAGAAAGAGACUAGAGAGCAAAAACUCCUCGUUUUUGUGUCGAAUGGCGAAGAGAUAACCAGAUGCGACGUGGACGCACCAACAAAAGACCGAUUUGAACUUGCCGAUGAGAUUCGUCGAAUGGGUGUUUAUAUUAUCUGCCCGUAUCUUCAAAUUCCCAAUUUGGACGAGGUCGUAAGGAUCACUGGAACUACUGAGCUCACUCGACCACUCAGUUUCCGUGUAAGUUUCAAGAUCGAGCUAUUGCACCCAGCUAUGGUGACUGGGCUUUGUAACGAAACAGAUAGCAACACUUGCUCUGUCUGCUAG